UUCUUCCGUAAAUUCACGAAUUUACGGAAAGACAAACAAUUCCGACCCACUGUUCCGACCUAACACCUCUAACCCGAGCUCGAAUACGAGGCAAACCAAAAUGGCGUGUCAAGGCAGUUGAAAUAAUUCAGUCCUGGCCAACAUGGAUAUUCAGAGACCGGAGAGAAUAGAAUUCAUUAAAAACCUUUCAGAACUGAUAGAAAACUCAACUGCUCGUGUUGAUACGCUUUUACAAGGAUUAGGAUGGUCUAAAGAAAGAAUUAUUGACGAAAGAAAGGAUGCUGAUAACCUAUUAGAAUGUCCUUUUGACAAGGAUCAUCGUGUUGGUGCGAUGGGGUUUGAUGACCAUACAAGAAUAUGUCAGCUUCAGAAUUCUGGUUUUAGCAACAUGGAAAUCAAGGAUCUGCCUGACAGCUCAGGAUUUUUUUACCAAUCACCAUUCUCUUCUGUUAAUCAAGUUUACAUUGGAAGUGAGCAGUUAGAAAGCAUUGGAUUAUGCUUGAAGAGAAAUCAUGUUGAUGUGAAUGACAAAAUUGAAAAAGAAAAGGUUUUAGCAAUCAGAGAAAAUGAUUCUGCCACAGAGGCUUACACAGAGAAAAGACAAGCACCAAGGACACAGACGUCUUCAAACGCAGAAUUCUGUCUUCCGGCAAGUUACUUAGAGACAAUGCUGAAUGCAGAAGACAGGCUGAAGCUUUACGAAUAUGUCGUAGCGACUGGUAAAUCAGAAAUGAAGCGGAAAUCUGUAAACUUUGAUGAACUUGAAAAAGAUGCGUUGGAACAACAGAAAAUUUUGGAAAUGCAAGAAAAAUUGGAAGAGGAUCGGCCUAAAAGCAAAGUGGAAGCGUUGGCUGAACUGCGGGAUUAUAAACGCCGAAGGCAAUCGUACCGGGCGAAGAAUCCGGCCCUAGCUAAGACAUCAGCCACCAUGGUCAUUCGCGAGCUAAUCGAGCAGCAGAUGAAGUAUUUGGAGUUCUUCUCUGGUGGCAAGUCAAAGGCUAGUGGAUCCGAGCAAGGUGAGAUGCAUUCUGAUACAUUAAGUGAAAUUAAUGUCGAUGCGAAAGACCCCAUGGAGCGAUUUGAUGAGGCUGAUGGUGAGUCAUUCGAUACAAACCGCGCAGACAGAUACGAAAGGGAGUAUGGCUACAAGAAAGGAUAUGGUCGAGAACGAAGCGACAUGGACAGAGAUAGAAGAAACAGGGAUUGGAGAUACAAGCAUAGGAGUCCUGAAAGGUAUAGUUAUGGUCGCGAGGGAGGAGAUUCAAGGCAGGCAGACCGCUGGGGAGGUAGAGAUAGCGAUAGAGCCGGGGACAAACUAAGGGACAGAGAUAGGGAUAGGGGUUGGGAUAGGGAUAGAGAGAAAGAUAAGAAUAGGGGUUGGGAUAGGGAUAGAGAGAGGGACAGGGAUAGGGAGAGGAUCAGAGGUGAAGACCACUGGAAAACAAGGGAUAGGGACAGACGGCUUGUAGAUGUAGAAGGAGUCAAAGCUGAAACAGGUGAGCUGCAGGAAUUUUCAAAGGAUAUGAAUGGAAAGGUUGGUGAGGAGUACAUGGUAAACAGUAAGGAAGAUCAAGUUGAAAUGGAAAGAUUGGAGAAAACAGAUAACGAUGUUGUUGAAGGCGAAAGAAGAAGGAGGAAAAGCAGAAGAAGAAGUACAAGUAGGAGUAGAAGUGGAAGCAGGGAAAGACACAAACACAAGAAGCGAAAGGAUAAGCAUAAAAAGAGAAAGCAUAAACGGAGGGAGAGAAGCGAUGAGGGUGAAUGUAGUGCUGAUUCAUGUGAAGAAUGGGUUGAAAAGGGCUAAACCUUAACACUGUGAAUAUUUAAAUGGAUAGGUUUGAUGAAGAUCUCUUUCGAUGAAGAAGAAUAUGCCGUUUCAUGAUGAAGAAGGUUUGUGUGUUUCCAGUCAGUAAAGAUUCUUGACUAAAUAAAAACUCCAUCAGGUUGAGUUGGACCAUGUGGGCUUGAAUAUAGACAUAAUGGAAAUACAACAAGAAGAUGCUGCCGUUUAAUCAAACGUAUGCAGUAGCAGAUGUCUAUACCAAGCAUAGUCAUUUCAAAUCUCGAAUUUGAAAACAUCGGUUAAGGUUAGACCUUUAUUUGUUGGUCAUAUCUUGUUAUACCUAGAAUGAUUGAUACCUGUGAACCAAUUUCGAAUGCUAAUUUCAGGACCACCAUCGUGACAUCUGCAACAUCACUGCCAUGACAAUAAACAUACCCAGCCCAUUUGACCAUUAAACGAUUGCCUAAAGCUAAAGCCCACUUUCACGCAUUAAUUAUGAUACCACAAUAACUGUAAUAUCAUCUUAAUUAAUUAUGAUACCAUCUUAGUCUUUUUUAGAAUCUGUAACCUUCUCAAUAAGGUCUAGCGCUCUCAAUUGCCAUAAGUUCGUCAGCUUUUUGUAUUUUCAGCCUGAAUGAAAUUUUCCCCUGUUAAAAAUGUUGGCUGGCUUAAGCACAGUAAAUAGAAAAACGCUGAUCUAAUUAAUUUAACGGAAAUUUUCAAGAUUUUUUAAGCAACAAUCAUUUUUUGUGCCCAAUGGAAAAUAAAGAAUUUCGUGCCUUUGGUUAAACUUCUACUUUCUUCAGAAGCUCACAAAAUUUGGUCACAGUGGUGAAAAACCUCGUCUCGCUAUCCUUAUGGCUUAUUUCAACUAGUAAGACUAUUUUCAUAUUUAAAAUUUUUCUUAUGUUAAGAAAGCUUCGCAGUCUACUUUUUUAAAAUCCAAAACUUCAGAAAAGAACAUCGACAGUCCUUUUUGUAAGAAUUCAAUUUUUGCAAAACUGCUACAAAAAUUCCGAAAUAUUAUUUCCUCUUCACUUUUGUUAUUAAUUACUUCUUUCAAAGAAAGUUGCCUUGUUCAACACUUUAACCGAAUUUAAAUUAGAAAAUAAAGAGCCGUUGUUUUUCAUUCGCAGCUGAAUCACACUUUUUGCAGCUGAUCAAGCGUGUAACCCUUUCAGUGUUCUGAUUUUGAUUAAACCUUGCCUUCAUUAAACCUGGCCCCUCAUCAUUAGAACUAUCAUCCCGGUUUGACUUCAUCCAGGGAUGAAAGAAAUUUUUUGUCUUCGGUGUAAUCUUUCAUAUUAGAGAAUCUUGUGCAGCUCUAGAAUUGAGAUAUGGUAGAGUUGUGAUUUGUCUCGUGUCAAAAUUAUAAUGUGAAAAAGAGCCAAAAGUUUAACACAAAUAAAAUUUCCAUCGGCAUUGACGUUUGUCAUGUAAAAGAUCUGUAAGUCACAAUUUGCCAAGGUGAAAUACAAUGGCAUGAUUUUACAAUCGAAUUAUGGAUAUUUAUUUUGAAAUUUUUUCUGUGAUCUUAAAGAAUACAAUAAAACAGUCAUGAAUAUAAAAAAAAGUCGAAUGUAACAAUGUUUUGGCUGAGAUACAGUCUCAGUCUAAUUUAAUCCAUCAGUUUACUGUAAAGUCUUGGCGAAAUCACAACUGCAGGUCCUUUGAUAGCCAUGUUUGAAAAAAUUCGCAGAUUUUUAGGUACUCUUGUGUUCUUUCAGAUAUCGUGGUCCAGAUUCAUCGAUUCUGAAAAGAUAUGUUAUGACGUUAUGACUUUAAUUUCAGCAAUGUGCAAUGCGUGGAUGAAUAUUAUGCGGUGAAGCAAACGAAUGUAGCCUCGCUGUUGUCUUUGCUUUUGUUAUCAGGGGAAGCCGCCGAAUUAAAAAAAUAAUUACUUUUUCAAUUGCAGAGUACAAUUUCAUUUCCACUGUGCGAUUUCUCAAUUUUCUGCGCCAUGCAUUUAGCUGGUAUGGGCGAAAUCAGAAGGUAUAAUGUCAACAAACAGUAUCUUUGUGCUGAUUUAUUCACAAUAAGCAAUUCGGUAAAAGCGCUAACUUUACUUUUCAAAAGCCAGUGUAAUACGUCGGUCAUUUGCCGAAUCUAUUAUAAAUCAUUCCACCAAAAGACCAACAGUGGAGCGGCACUGUUUCAACACAUAUAUGAAAUACUUUAUACUAACUGUGCAAAAAAGAAGACUACACAGAGACACAAUGUGUUCAUAAAAAAUGAAUAAACGGAGGAGCUCUCUUACGUUUACUAUGGGGAAGGCUUCCCUCCAUUUCUUAAACCCUUAAUGUAUUGUGCAUUUGAAGGAACAUUUGAACGAGAAUCUAUAAUUACCAAGGGCAGAUCAUUCCUCAAAGUUUUUUUUUUAUAAUUUAAAAUUUUAAACUACAACAAAGCUACUCAAAUACAUGUCACUCACAAUAGGGAAGGGCACAAGGUCAUCUAGUCUCCAUUAUGAGUGACAUUUACAAUUUUCAAUUACAUCUAAAUAUAAACACAAUAAAGGGAGAGAGGUAAAAGAAACUUUACGUUUAAGGCCAUGUUAAAGACUAACUAUUUUUUUUAUUCAAGUACAAGUCACCAUGACCAGUCUGCAUAGACAAGCAUCGAAAGUAAAAAGGACAAGUAUUGAAGUAAAAGAAAUUGAGAGCAUUUUCACAUAUUCAUACACAAGAGUCGGUAGGAAUAUGUUCACAGUCAUAAAAAGGCGUUAAGACUUAGCACGCCAUAUGACAUUAACACACAGCUGAAUAUUACUAAGAUGUUUAAAUAUACAGCCCGUUAAACAUAAGCAAGUAGUGUUGUAGGAGCCCGAAGGCAAAACUUGCCAUCGUUGUGGGAGCUAUUUGAAUGUUCAGUCUUUUGUCUGUUCGUUGGAACUAUGGCCUACAAUCUUGGGAAUUUUGUCGAUAAUACACCAGAGCCUCGAAAUGAAAUCCUGACAUAAUCAACAUGGAAUCGCUAUAGCUAAUAUAUAUAGAAAACUGUCUGAAUAACAUUGGGUUAUCUUGAGGAAAGCACUACUGGUGGACUACUUUUAAGAAGCAUUUUGAAUGCCAAGCAUCUUUUUUUAUCCUUCCGGGCAUUGAAAAUGUUUAGGGUAAACUUAAGUCUUGAAUCAAAUACCUGAAAAUUGGUGGCACCUAAAUGACCUGCGAAUGAUAUGAAUAAAGGCAGAGCUAUGCCAGAGGCAGAGUUACGAUAUAAAUAAAGGCAGAAUUUAGGUAAAGACAUACACAGGAUGUCAUUGAUGAAUUAUUAAACACCUUUAUUCACUUGGAAGUAGAAUUUAAAAUUUCAUUUUUAAGAAUUGAUUUAGUGGGAGUUCUGAUGGUGAGCUUUGCAGCGUUUGAAACAAAAUUUUUUUCAUUCCUCAAAAUCAAAUCUGCUUGAGCUUGGCAUAAUAUGAACUGAAAUAUUGGAUCAAGCCAUCAAAUUGAAUUUUGCAUUUCACGAAAGUGGAUCAGGUAAAAAGGUCGUGGUUUUGAAUUGGGCUACAUUCGUCACUCCUAAUAUGCUUUAAAUGUAACUGUAGCGUGUUCAUAAAUUUAUCACUACCGUAAAUCCUCGAAUUGCCUCCCUCCCCCUCGAAAAAGCCCGCCUCGAAUAAGCCUCCACCCUAGAACUAAAAAUUGUCAAUAAGCCCCCACUGCUACCUUAAAUUCUCGAAGUAGAACCCCUUAAUUUGAUGCUUUUUUCCAUCUGGGGUUGCCUUUAGCGUUUUAUUGAAUUACCACAAUAAUUCAUACUUUUUAUAAUAACUAAUCAAAUGCUCAUAAAGAAAUUCCUACUAAAAUUAAAAAAGGUCUUUUGAUAAUGCCUGCUUAAUGUCAACAAUAAUUUUAUAUGGUCCCCCCCCCUUCGAAUAGGCCCCAAUCCAAAAAUAUCAAAAAUAAAUAGGCCACCAGGGGGGCAGAUUCAAGGAUUUACGGUAUCUUUGCAUUAGCAUUAAACCAUUUUCUUACUAGGCUUUACAGACAAAAUGCGGUACUCUAAAUUUUGCUAUAGGUGGUUGAGGGGAAUGUCGUAUUGCUUCUGAGUUCAAGCGUGUUGCUGUUCUCAUUUCUGCCUCAUUUUGUCUGCCUAACCAAUACGUUCUUUUACAAAAUAAGUUGGAAAAGGAAGGAAGAUGGAUGAAUAGUUGGAUGUAUCAGGAUGCCCGAACUAUGACGUAACCUAAUUCCAGGAGCUAUGACGUAACCUAAUUUCAGGAGCAGGGCCUUUGAAAGGGUAUUUGCAAUUUACCGACUGAGUGGAUGAGCCCUCCUUUUAGCAACGGAAUUUUUUUAAGAGGUGUCUUCCCCCCCCCCUCCCCCCCCAUAUUCAUAUCGUAGGCGCUGGUUGUCUAUGCAGCACGGUAGUUUGUGACUACGGCCAAAAUAGAGCGUUCAGUGAUCAGUGAAAUGUUCUACCUUCCUCCGGACAAUUUCAUCAAGCUUUGAAAAUCCUCCUUAGAAAAACAAUUAAAUUAAGGCGGGGUUUAUUUGGGCGUAGUACGUUAUUUCUUUUUGCUUUCAUUUGCCCUCAACCCUCUUACCGUUUUUGAGCUCUUCUCGGGGUUUUUUGU